AUGCAUAUGGUGCACCGUGGUAAGUCUAUUCUGGACAUUUCCGGUUUCGGGGAUCCCGCCUCAACGGAAAAUGUGCUGACGAUCGACAAUUGCGACGGCAGAAGAUCAAGUCGCCAUCCCUAUCUCGACAAUCGUGGCAACGAAGAGGAGCCUUCUGAUGAGUACGCCGGAUGUGUCUCGCGCUACGGCGAUGCCUGCGAAGCCCGCUACUCCGCGACGGAUAUGAGCCCAGCGGUAGGUCCGGUCGGCAAUGAACGACUCUCCUGCUCGUGCCUGACGACCUAA